CUGGAGGUGGUACCAUUAAUUUUGAUACCACUGGAGGUGGUACCAUUAAUACUGAUACCAUUGGAGGUGGUACCAUUAAUAUUGAUACCAUUGGAGGUGGUACCAUUAAUACUGAUACCAUUGGAGGUGGUACCAUUAAUAUUGAUAACAUUACAGGUGGUACCAUUAAUACUGAUACCAUUGGAGGUGGUACCAUUAAUAUUGAUACCAUUGGAGAUGGUACCAUUAAUAUUGAUACCAUUGCAGGUGGUACCAUUAAUAUUGAGAACAUUGGAAGUUGUGCCAUUAAUACUGAUACCACUGCAUUUGGUACCAUUAAUACUGACACCAUUGCAGGUGGUACUAUUAAUAUUGAUACCAUUGGAGGUGGUACCAUUAAUAUUAAUACCACUGGAGGUGGUGCCAUUAAUAUUGAUACCAUUGGAGGUGGUACCAUUAAUACUGAUACCAUUGGAGGUGGUACCAUUAAUAUUGAUACCAUUGGGGGUGGAACCAUUAAUAUUGAUACCUUUGGACGUGGUACCAUUAAUAUUGAUACCAUUGCAGGUGGUACCAUUAAUAUUGAUAAUAUUGGAGGUGGUAAAAUUAAUACUGAUACUAUUGGAGGUGGUACCAUUAAUAUUGAUACCAUUGGAGGUGGUACCAUUAAUACUG